UGAAAUGCGAUGCACUGAACAGCAAAUGCGCCCAAGGCUCAUUCCUAGGUCUCCCGUCUGAUCAUCUUCCACUCUGAAUCCUAGUCGAGAAGCGCGACUCGCCCCGACGAUUAUCGUCGCUGUCGUUCUAGUCUGUCCUACCGACUCCCAGCAUCCUCCUGAGUGACGGCCUGCUUACUCCCGCUUCGCUCCCCAACCGUCCAUUAUGGCGAACACAAUCCUAGACAUAUUCUAUUCAUUAUCCAGUUGUAUAUGCUGUUUCCCGAGCACUCCGCAGUUAAAGAUCAACAACAGAAGCUUCCGUAUGCUUCGACUGCUGGGCGAGGGCGGCUUUUCCUACGUCUACCUCGUCCAAGACACCUCCGACUCCGCUCUAUACGCACUCAAGAAGAUCCGCUGUCCCUUCGGCCAAGAAUCGGUGUCUCAAGCCCUCAAGGAGGUCGAAGCAUAUAGCCUGUUCGCACCGCACCCUAACAUAAUCCACGCUGUCGACCAUGCUGUGCAGACCGAUUCAACCACGAAGGUUUCUGGGAUUGGGACAGAUACGGCCAAUGGGGCUAGUAAAACCGUCUAUAUCCUCCUACCGUAUUACCGGAGAGGGAACCUGCAAGACAUGAUCAACGCGAACUUGGUCAACCACACCCGUUUCGGUGAGAGACGGCUCAUGCAGUUAAUGCUCGGAGUCUGCAAAGCACUGAAAGCCAUGCACCAAUACCGCGUGCGGAAUACACCCUCACGGUCCGCCGCCCAGUCCAUCCGCGACGAAGCCGCAAGCGAAGAUGCCGACGCCGCAAAACGGAAAGCUCGCGCCAAUAAGAGAACAAUGACGGCGUCGCAGGAGAACGAAGAAGAAUUGGCGGAAGAACAGGAAGAACCGCUCAUGCCCUCCGACGAAGUCACUCGCGCACAAGAAGGCAAGAAUCCCGGCGAAACUCGGGCAUAUGCGCACCGCGACAUCAAACCUGGCAACAUCAUGAUCGACGACGAUGGCCGCACCCCGAUUUUGAUGGAUCUGGGAUCCCUUGCCCCAAGUCCCACGCCUAUUACAUCGCGCUCCCUCGCCAUUGCCGUGCAAGACACGGCGGCUGAACACAGUACCAUGCCGUACCGCGCCCCCGAACUCUUCGACGUCAAAACCGGCUCUGUCAUCGACACAAAAGUCGACAUCUGGAGUCUUGGGUGCACGAUGUAUGCUUGUCUGGUUGGGAAAUCGCCCUUUGAAGCCAGAAGCGACGAGACUGGCGGCAGUCUCAGCAUUUGCGUGUUGGGCGGAGAUUGGAGAUGGCCUGACGAGGGAAACAUUUCAAAAGGCAAGAACAAGGUCGGCUCCACGCCGGCACGUUCAAACACGACGUCAUCGCAAAGCGGCGCAACGACGGCGAAUGGCGACGCGAAUAAGUCCCCCGAUGCGAACACGCCGGCUUCUGGCGGGAGAAUAUACCCGCACCCGGCAGCCAGAGAAGUCGUGAGGCGGUGUCUGCAAGUCGAACCGGCCGAGCGGCCGGACGUGGAUGAAUUGAUGACCUUGAUCGACACGUGUCUGAGCGAGCUCCCCGAAGACGACGAGACGGGAGGCUCGGAGGGCGACGGCGAAUUGUGAGGACGAAAACAUUGAGAUGUAUGUAGCUCGCCUUCUCCCGUGCCAAUGCACGUCUGUUUCUUUUCGCUUCUCCUCGAAAAGUUCUCUUUGGGUACCGUGCAGUUUGGAGCUGCGAAGUGGAUCUAUAUUUCGGAUGUCUGUAUGCGUGUUUGUGUGUGUGUGUAUUCUAUCUGUGGCGCGGGCGCGGAUGUAACGGUCAUAUCUAAGUACUUUCUGGGCCUCUGGCGGUUGGUCCUGCUGGACAGACUGGGAUUCUGGGAUCAAGAAGCCUGGAAUUCGAGUCGCAGAGCGAGGCUGUCGUUCCUGCGCCUCUGCUAUGUGGCGCCAGUAUAGCACGACAGGAGCUAUAUCAGUCCUCGCAAUCUGUAGGCCGACCAUGAAUGAUCCAUAUAUACGGGGUACACCCCUGCUUCAGCAUCCAGGCAAGAAUAUCAAGGACGACGCGGCCGGCCUGACGGUCAUUAUGCCUCCCAGCCCAGUUCAUCGAAGC